AUGUACAACUCGAAUCGUUUAAUUACUCUUCUUCUGUGUACUACAAUAACCAGCGGUCAUGCAAACAUGAAGCUGAUGGGAAAACCACAACAUAGAAGCACAGAUUUUUAUAAAGAUCUAUUAAUGGAUAUAAAAACUCAACAAGCAUUCGAUUCAAUAUUAAUGGUACAACAUAAGAUGCCUCAGGAUGCCAGACUACAAAUGAUCUACUCAUUACAGGAGCCCAAAUUAAUAAUAACUAAUCAGACGGACUUCUGUUACAAAGAACAAUUCAAUAAUGAAAUUAUAGCAGUGGUAAUAAUAGAACGGGAAUUUUCCAGCUUAUUGUGGGAGCAUUUUCUAAAUGCCCUCAACUAUCUGCGUCAAACAAGAAUUUUAAUGAUUUUUGUUAAUAUCUUCAAUACAGAGGAACUACAAAUUGAUGUUUUAAAAGCAUGUGAAAAGUAUAAAAUCACUAACGCUCUCUUACAUUUUCUAAAUUCAUCCAUUCCAGAAGAUACAUCUCUCGAAUAUUUUCAAUUGUUACCAUUUCCACUAUAUCAUUUGAAAUUGAGACAGUUUGGUCAAUUAAAAGAAGAAUACUUUCCCAAACAUUGGCAAAAUAUGAAAGGCAAGACAUUACUAACUUUGCCUGACCAAAUUGUACCACGCUCUGUGAUGUAUAAGGAUAACAAAGGUGCAAUACAAUUCACUGGUUUUGUUGCCAAAUUAAUCCAAAUGUUUGCGGAAGUGUAUAAUGCCACUUUAGAAAUGCCUUUCCAGCCGAAGAUUGAUGAAAUUCUAAACUACAAUACUCUUUUCAACAUGACUAAAUAUGGAGAGCUCGAUAUGCCCAUGACAAUAAGAGGUAUUGCAAGCGGGUCCGUUUUAAGAUACAUGACAUAUCCCAUAGAAGUAAGUCAAUGGAUGAUAAUGAUACCUUGCGCUACAAGAAUGACAAUUUGUGAAGUAUAUGAAGUGAUGUUAAAACCUGAACUGUUUUCAAUAGUUUUAAUCUUCACUGGUACAUUUUCUCUGGUACACACAGUUAUAGAGAAGUUAUUCUAUAUGAAAAUGGUUUGGCAAAAUUUAUUAAUGAGCGAUAAAGUUAUACCAGGAGUAUUGGGACAAUCGUUUAAUUUUAAAAAAUCCAGUUUAUUAAGUCUUCGUUUGAUUUAUGUAUUGAUUUUUGUGUUUGGUCUGUAUAUGAGCACUCUUUUCUCGGCCCAUUUACAAACUCUCAUCACCAGACCUCCAUUUAAUGCUCAGAUAACUACUUUCGAGGAGCUACGUCACAGCGAACAAAAGAUUCUUAUUAGCUCAUGGGAUGUACAAAAUAUGAUUAAAGAUGAUUAUAUUUUAAGCGAAGAGAUGAAAGCAAAUGUUGUAAUAAUCGAUGACGGAGCUAUAUUUGCGGUGCUCAGAGAUAAUUUCAACACUACUUACGGCUAUCCCGUUCCAUCGGCUUCCUGGAGCAUUUACUCUAAUAUUCAAAACCAUUACGCCCAGAAAAAGUUUUGUGUUUCAGAAAAUAUGAACAUUAGGGAUAUGAUGCUGUAUGGAUUACCAGUGGGUGAGCAUUCGCCAUAUAAGGAACCAUUGGAUCAUUUGGUGCACAAAAUUCAUGCAGGCGGUUUGCUGCGUGGCUGGAAGAUGAAUAUGCCUCAAGAUCCCAGACUACAAAUGAUCUACUCAUUACAGGAGCCCAAAUUAAUAAUAACUAAUCAGACGGACUUCUGUUACAAAGAACAAUUCAAUAAUGAAAUUAUAGCAGUGGUAAUAAUAGAACGAGAGUUUUCCAGCGUAUUGUGGGAGCAUUUUCUAAAUGCCCUCAACUAUCUGCGUCAAACAAGAAUUUUGAUGAUUUUUGUUAAUAUCUUCAACACAGAGGAACUACAAAUUGAAGUUUUAAAAGCAUGUGAAAAGUAUAAAAUAACCAACGGUCUCUUACAUUUUCUAAAUUCAUCCAUUUCAGAGGACACAUCUCUGGAAUAUUUUCAAUUGUUACCAUUUCCACAGUAUCAUUUGAAAUCGAGACAGUUUGGUCAAGUAAAAGAAGAAUACUUUCCCAUACAUUGGCAAAAUAUGAAAGGCAAGACAUUACUAACUUUACCCGACCAAAUUGUACCACGCUCUGUGAUGUACAAGGAUAAUAAGGGUCAAAUACAGUUUAGUGGUUUUGUUGCCAAAUUGGUUCAAAUGUUUGCGGAAGUGUAUAAUGCCACUUUAGAAAUGCCUUUCCAGCCGAAGAUUGGUGAAAUCCUAAACUACAACACUAUUUUCAAUAUGACUAAAUAUGGGGAGCUGGAUAUACCAAUGACAAUAAAUGGGAUUUUAAACAAUCGCACAUUAAAACACAUAUCAUAUCCCACAGAAGUAAGUCAAUGGAUGAUCAUGGUACCCUGUGCUACAAGAAUGAAAAUUACAGAAAUAUACGAAGUGAUGCUAAAACCUCAACUAUUUUCCAUAAUUCUAAUCUUCACUGGAACAUUUUCUCUGGUGCACACGGUUAUAGAGAAGUUAUUCUAUAUGAAAAUGAUUUGGCAAAAUUUACUAAUGAGUGACAAAGUUAUACCAGGAGUAUUGGGACAAUCGUUUAAUUUUAAAAAAUCCAGUUUAUUAAGUCUUCGUUUGAUUUAUGUAUUGAUUUUCGUGUUUGGUCUGUAUAUUAGCACUCUUUUCUCGGCCCAUUUACAAACUCUAAUCACCAAACCACCUUUUCAUGCUCAAAUGUCUACAUUUGAGGAUCUACGUCUCAGCCAACAAAAGAUUUUGAUGAGCUCAUGGGAUGUUAUAAAUUUGGAAAAAGAUGAUUUUAUGUUAAGCGAAGAAAUGAAAGAAACUGUUGUGGUAACUGAUAACCGGACUUUAUUUGAGCAGCUCAGAGAUAAUUUCAAUACCAGUUACAGUUACGGAGUUCCAUCGGUUCUAUGGACCAUUUACACCAAUAUCCAAAGCCAUUAUGCCUACAACAAAUUUUGUGUCUCCGAAAAUAUGAAUAUUAAAAAUAUGGUGUUGUAUGGUUUACCACUGGCUGAACAUUCGCCAUAUCAGGAACCAUUGGAUUAUUUGGUGCACAAAAUCCACUCAGGUGGUAAAACCCCUCAAUUGAUUGGGAUUUUAAUAUCCCUGGCAGCAGCUUCUGCCCCAAGCAAAACUGAUAAUUCCAACAAGAAAUCAAAAGCAACAGAGAAGCCAGUCGUUAGUGAUGCUAAAACUACCUCUAAGCCAGCUAAAUCCUCAGCAACUUCUUCCACUGGACGUUCGGCAAAAUCUUUGAAAACUACCAAACCUGGAGAAAAUCGUGGAAAACGCACUUUAUAUGAUUUCAAUAAUCCCUCUUUCCUGUAUCCCCAAAUAGCCGCCAGAAGAGCUGGUUAUGGUCCUGAAUCUAGAUCGGCUUAUAGUACACAAUCUGGUUAUUUUAAUGGACAAAAUGCUAUUGCUCAAUUCCCCAGUGAUUACCAUCUUAACUAUUCGCCCUAUCCUCAGUAUUUAGAGGCCCCUGAACCAAUUAUUGAAAUCAUUAUCAAAGACGCCAAUGAAACUUUGCCCGAGGAAAAUGUUCAACCCUUAACUACCAAAACGAAAAAGAAGAAGGAAAAGGUUCAUGUUUUCUAUGUCAACUACAAAAAGGAUCAAAAUAACAAAUUGCACUUGGAAAGUCCCAUUGCCUCUUUAAAUAAUGAUGAAACCGAAGAGGAGGAGGAUGAGGAAGAAGAGAUUGUACAUUAUCCCGUAACACCUUUGCCACCUGUAAGAUCGACAACUUUGAGAACCAUUAUUCAUCCAGAUUCUGAAAAGUACCACAGUAAUAGCGGCAUACAUGUAACCUUCGGUUCGGAAGACAAAUCCCAGACGGGCCAUAUCUUGGAAGAACAUGAUGCUGAAAGUGUACAGCGUCAGGUGGUGGCAGUGCCGGUACCUCAAACUGGUGUAAAAUCACAAUAUCAGCUGAAUGCCAGAAAUGAUUUCCAGGGUCAAGCUAGAUCGCCCUUCACCAGCAGCUUCUUCCAGUCGUCGGCACCCUGGCAAUAUCAAGCUCAACAACAGCAACAACAAUAUCACAGCCAACAACAGCAAAAACAAACUCAGCAUCAACAACAGCAAUUGCCUCAUCAGCACUCGAAUACCUAUUUUAAACCACCCACUUCCACCACAACUACGCAACAACAACAACCUCCUCAGCAUUCAAGCCAACACCACUCAACCAACUACUAUCAGAAACAACCGUUCCAGCAACAGUCUUCUCAACAAAAACCUCAUUACACUUCAAAUCCUCCAGCUUCUGCCCCAGCUGCAAGCCAGCAAUCUCAGCGUAAACCUUUAAGUCAAAUUCAUCAACAAUUGCAACAACAGUCCCAGUACUAUGUAAACCACAAUCAAUUGUAUCAGCAGCAGCCACAACAACAACAGCAACAACACCAUCAGCAGCAGCAACAACAACAUCAUCAUCAACAACAAUCAAGUGUACAACAUAAUCAAUAUUACAAUUCAGUGUCGCAUAAACCCACACAAUCUCCCAAGUCAUCGGUUAUUUUCCCCUCAGCCCCUCCCAAAACACAAGAACUGCCAGUGAGACAUGCACCACAACCCUAUCAACCCAUUAAGUUCCGUCCCACCCCCGCACCAGCUCCACAACAAACGAAACCCACACCAAUAGCCGCCAAAUUAGAAAAUACCCAAUACAAUUCGAAACCAUAUCAAUUCCAAAAACAGCCACAAUACAUACAACAUCCGACCUUCACCGUAUCACCACCAGCCAGCCAACAGAAUUACAAAACCCAACAACAGCAGCAACAUUCGCAAACCUUUGCACAAUCACAGACCUCUAACCAGCCACAAACUAAUUCCAUUUACUACACCCAAAACAAACAACAACAGCAACAGACACAAGUGCAACAAAAUACUAGAUAUCAAACUCAAUCCUCCAGUCAACAAACUUCUGCCGCACACCCCAAUACUGGUUUGAGUUGGUUGGAUAUCAAACCCUCCAAGGAGACCGAAUUACUGAAAUCGAUACCCAAAUUUGAACAGCACAUUACUGAGACCGUGCAAAAUCACUACAAUCCCAAUCAAUAUCAAUCACAAAAUCAGGUCAUUCAUGAUAUACCAUCACCAAACUUGGCUCCUCAACAACCCCAAAGCCAAGCAUUGCAAGGUCAUUACAUCACUGCCUCUUCCUACAACAACCAACCUCAAGUGCAUUCACAGCAACAGCAACAAACCUAUACCAAUUUCGUGACAGCCUCUUCUAACUUGCACCAUGCUCAACAAACUGACUCUACCACACAAUCUCCUCAGUUUGGUGAAGCUACAGAUGGUCAGAAAAUUAUGAUUGUCACACCCAUGCCACCCAAUGUCUACCAACAGUAUCAGACCGCCCACACCUACCAAACAUCUCAGAGCUCCAACAACAAUCAACAACAUUCCACACAAAUCAUCAACAGUGUGCAACCCUCCCAGGAACAAUACAAUAAUUACUACCAACAGCCCAGACAGGGACAAUCAGCCACCCAGGCCCAGUCUGCUCUGGCGGCCAGCAACUCACCCUACAGUGUUUCCAACUAUCACUCCGAUGUCUUCAAAGAAUUGGAACAGAGAAACAGCCAGACCCAUGAAACCAAAAACAAUCAAAAUGCCUACAUACCAACUAGCUUUGAAUCAUCUAGUACCACCACCACACCCUCUACAACCAGCUCCUCAUCCACAACUGUAAAUCCUAAAACUCUCUUACAAUUGCCCGAUGAAGUACCCGAUGAUUUGAGACAACAAUUGCUAUCUUCUGGCAUCUUGGGUAACGCUGACAUUUCCGUUUUGGAUUACGACAAAGUAGGAGAUAUUGCUUUGGAGAAUUUACCCGCCGAACAUUUGCAACACUUCUAUGGAGCUGGGGGAGGAGCUCAAAUUUCCGCAUCGAAAAAGGUCUUAUCUGUUGUUAAGCCCAAUGGUGAUAGAGUAUCUCUAGAUGAAAAAGAAAUUGAACGUGUCAAACAAUCUAGCUCGGUGCCCCAUCACAAGCAAACCGAUGUUAAGGUUGUUCGUUUUGAUGGUCAACAAUUGGAAAACUCUGAGGCACCUUCAUCAUCCGGUGAACGUCAAUACAACAGAUAUUUGCCUUUGAAAAUACACGGUGCUAAUUUCCCCAAACCAAAUAGUCCUGAAUUACAAGGAAAAUUCUUACAAAGUGUUGUAGUGUUGGCACCAGUCGAUACUCCAGCUGGCCAAGAUGCUGCCGUUGUGGAGGACAGUAAGGAGGUUAAGUUUUUGGGCGGUGAUCUCAUUAAAACUUUAGUGAAAAAACCCACCAAGGAAAAUUUCAAGAGAUGGCUGGAGAAAGAAUCCAGAACCGAUGUAGAUCAACAAUCUGUUGUGUUGUUAGUAGCAAAGUCUUCUAAUUCCUCGGAACAAGAAAUCUUUAUGUAUGACAUAACAACCGGUGAAGUGAAUAAAUUAAAUGGCGAACUCUCCAGUAAAUUUGUAAGUGUGGCUGAAGAGAAUGCCAGCACGGAGGACUUGGAACAUGGCUCAACUUUGGAUCCCAACUUUAUGGAAACAAUGAUGAAGCCAUUGUCAAGUUAAAUAAACACUCAA